UCAUUGCUAGCACGGUCUCCCGGGUGACGGGAACGCGGUAGCCUGGCGGGGGAGUUUUGGUGCGCCUGCGCACUUACAAGAUCAGGGUGCCACUGGAGCCUGGAGAUGAAGCGUGUUUUCUCCCUGCUAGAAAAGACAUGGCUUGGUGCACCGAUACAGUUUGCCUGGCAAAAAUCAUCAGGAAACUUCCUUGCAGUAACAGGAGCUGAUUAUAUUGUGAAAAUCUUUGAUCGCCAUGGCCAAAAAAGAAGUGAGAUUAGCUUGCCUGGCAACUGUGUUGCCAUGGAUUGGGAUAAAGAUGGGGAUAUCCUGGCAGUGAUUGCUGAGAAGUCUAGUUGCAUUUAUCUGUGGGAUGCCAACACAAAUAAAACCAGCCAGCUAGACAAUGGCAUGAGGGAUCAAAUGUCCUUCCUUCUUUGGUCAAAAAAUGGAAGUUUCCUGGCUGUUGGGACCAUUAAAGGAAAUUUGCUCAUUUAUAACCAUCAGACAUCUCGAAAGAUUCCCGUUCUUGGAAAACAUACUAAGAAAAUCACAUGUGGAUGCUGGAAUACAGAUAAUCUUCUUGCUUUGGGUGGUGAAGAUAAAAUGAUCACCGUUAGUAACCAGGAAGGCGAUACAAUAAGACAGACACCGGUGAAAUCAGAGCCGAGUGACAUCAAGUUUUCCACAAGCAAGACGGACGACCGAAUUUCUUCUGCUGAAAGCACAAUAAGUGCAGUAGUUGGCAAGAAAAUGUUGUUUCUUUUUCAUUUGAAUGAACCAGAUAACCCAGUUGAUCUGGAGUUUCAGCAAGCCUAUGGCAACAUCGUCUGCUAUAGUUGGUAUGGUGAUGGCUACAUCAUGAUUGGCUUUUCCCGUGGAACAUUUCUGGCCAUUUCUACUCACUUUCCAGAAGUUGGACAGGAGAUAUUUAAGGCUCGGGACCAUAAGGAUAAUCUAACCAGUGUGGCAUUGUCACACACACUGAACAAAGCUGCUACAUGUGGAGAUAACUGCAUAAAAAUCCAUGAUUUGACAGAAUUAAGAGACAUGUAUGCUAUAAUUAAUCUGGAUGAUGAAAAUAAAGGUUUGGGUACCUUAUCCUGGACUGAUGAUGGUCAGUUGCUAGCACUGUCUACCCAGAGAGGCUCACUCCACGUCUUCCUGACCAAGCUGCCCAUCCUCGGGGAUGCUUGUCACACAAGGAUUGCAUAUCUCACCUCCCUCCUUGAGGUCACUGUGGCCAACCUCAUUGAAGGAGAGCCACCAAUCACAGUUUCCGUCGAUGUGGAGCCCAACUUUGUCGCAGUAGGUCUCUAUCAUCUGGCUGUGGGGAUGAAUAAUCGAGCUUGGUUUUAUGUCCUUGGUGAAAAUGCUGUGAAAAAGUUAAAAGAUGUGGAAUAUCUGGGAACGGUGGCCAGCAUUUGCCUUCAUUCUGACUAUGCUGCUGCACUCUUUGAAGGCAAAAUCCAGUUACAUUUGAUAGAAAAUGAACUCUUGGAUGCUCAGGAAGAACGUGAGACUCGACUCUUCCCAGCAGUGGAUGAUAAGUGCCGGAUUCUAUGCCAUGCCCUAACCAGUGAUUUCCUCAUCUAUGGAACAGAUACUGGCAUUAUUCAGUAUUUUUUCAUUGAGGAUUGGCAGUUUGUUAAUGAUUACCGACAUCCUGUUGGUGUGAAAAAGCUUUUUCCUGAUCCAAAUGGAACCAGAUUAGUCUUCAUUGAUGAAAAAAGUGAUGGAUUUGUUUACUGUCCUGUCAAUGAUGCUACCUAUGAGAUUCCAGACUUCUCACCAACCAUUAAAGGUGUUCUCUGGGAAAACUGGCCAAUGGAUAAAGGUGUAUUUAUUGCUUAUGAUGAUGACAAGGUGUACACUUACGUGUUUCACAAGGACACCAUCCAAGGGUCCAAGGUUAUUUUGGCUGGUGGCACUAAACUUCCCUUUUCCCACAAACCUUUGCUGUUAUACAAUGGAGAACUGACCUGCCAGACACAGAGUGGGAAAAUCAACUCCAUCUACCUCAGCACCCACAGCUUCCUUGACAACAUAAAAGAUGUGGAGCCUGCUGAACUGAGACAAAUGCUGAUGCAGACCCUGAUGCUCAAGCGGUUUUCUGAUGCUUGGGAAAUAUGCAAGAUGCUAAAUGAUCGCACGGCAUGGGAUGAGCUGGCCAGAGCCUGUCUGCAUCACAUGGAAGUGGAGUUUGCUAUCCGAGUUUCCCGGACCAUAGGGGAUGUUGGUACAGUGAUGUCCUUGGAGCAAAUAAAGGGAAUCGAGGACUACAAUCUUUUGGCAGGACAUCUCGCCAUGUUUACUAAUGACUUCAACCUGGCUCAGGACCUGUACCUGGCAUCCAACUGUCCUGUGGCUGCCCUGGAGCCUGGCUCUAGGCGGCAACUUUGCAAAGCCCUUUUUGCCUUUGUGGCCCUCAGGACUUUGUCUUUCCGACAGAUGAGGCGGGACCUGCAGCACUGGGACAGCGCUCUGCAGCUGGCAAAGCGCCUGGCCCCAGACCAGAUACCCUUCAUAUCCAAAGAGUAUGCCAUCCAGCUGGAGUUCACGGGUGAUUAUGUAAAUGCUUUGGCUCAUUAUGAGAAAGGGAUCACAGGUGAUAACAAGGAACAUGACGAGGUGUGUCUGGCUGGUGUGGCUCAGAUGUCCAUAAGGAUGGGAGACAUCCGUAGAGGGGCUAACCAAGCCCUCAAACACCCCAGUAGGGUCCUUAAAAGAGACUGUGGAGCCAUACUGGAGAACAUGAAGCAAUUUUCAGAAGCAGCCCAGCUGUAUGAAAAAGGCCAGUAUUACGACAAAGCCGCCUCUGUCUACAUCCGCUGUAAGAACUGGGCAAAAGUUGGCGAACUUCUGCCCCAUGUCUCCUCUCCCAAGAUCCAUUUACAAUAUGCCAAAGCUAAAGAGGCAGAUGGGAGGUAUAAAGAAGCCGUGCUAGCCUAUGAGAAUGCAAAGCAGUGGAACAGUGUCAUCCGUAUCUACCUGGACCACCUCAACAACCCCGAGAAGGCCGUCAGCAUCGUCAGGGAGACCCAGUCUCUGGAUGGAGCCAAGAUGGUAGCCAGGUUCUUUUUACAGCUUGGUGACUAUGGAUCUGCCAUUCAGUUUCUGGUCCUGUCCAAAUGUAACAAUGAAGCCUUCACCCUGGCUCAGCAGCACAACAAAAUGGAAAUCUACGCAGACAUCAUUGGUUCUGAAGAUACAACUAAUGAAGACUACCAAAGCAUCGCCUUAUAUUUUGAAGGGGAAAAGAGACACUUUCAGGCUGGAAAAUUCUUCUUGCUGUGUGGCCAGUACUCACGGGCACUAAAGCACUUCCUGAAGUGCCCAAGCUCAGAAGACAAUAUGGCAAUAGAAAUGGCGAUUGAAACUGUGGGCCAGGCUAAGGAUGAGCUGCUGACCAAUCAGCUGAUCGACCAUCUGAUGGGGGAGAGCGACGGCAUGCCAAAGGAUGCCAAGUACCUGUUCCGCUUGUACAUGGCGCUGAAACAGUACCGUGAGGCCGCCCGGACCGCCAUCAUCAUUGCUCGAGAAGAACAGUCUGCAGGCAACUAUCGGAAUGCACAUGACGUUCUCUUCAGUAUGUAUGCAGAACUUAAAUCACAGAAGAUCAAAAUCCCCUCUGAGAUGGCUACCAACCUCAUGAUCUUGCACAGUUACAUACUCGUGAAGAUUCAUGUUAAGAGUGGAGACCAUAUGAAGGGAGCACGCAUGCUCAUUCGGGUGGCCAACAACAUCAGCAAGUUCCCGUCCCACAUCGUGCCCAUCCUGACAUCUACUGUCAUCGAGUGUCACAGGGCAGGCCUGAAGAACUCUGCUUUCAGCUUUGCAGCUAUGCUGAUGAGGCCCGAAUAUCGCAACAAAAUUGAUGCCAAGUACAAAAAGAAAAUCGAGGCAAUGGUCAGGAGACCGGACACAUCCGAGACAGAAGAGGUCACCACCCCUUGUCCAUUCUGCCAGUUUCUUCUUCCAGAAUGUGAGCUCCUUUGUCCCGGCUGUAAAAACAACAUUCCCUAUUGCAUUGCAACAGGCCGACACAUGUUGAAGGACGACUGGACAAUGUGCCCGCACUGUGGCUUCCCUGCGCUGCACUCAGAGUUCAGGAUCUUACUGAACAGUGAAAGCACGUGUCCCAUGUGUUCAGAAAGGUUAAACUCUAGUCAACUGAAAAAAAUUUCAGACUGCACCCAGUACCUACGGACAGAGACGGAACAGUGAGCAGCAGGUCCAGACAGUGCUCCUGAGUAGAUGGCGCCUCUCCCUCAGGAGACUGUAUCCACCCCUGGCAGACUUGAAGAAUGAAACAGCCUAGCAAGUUCAGCCUCUGCGGUGACAUACGGUGACACAACCUGCUGGUUCUUGAACCCUGUAUAGUUCCUCUUCAAAGUCCUACACAGUGUAAAUACCCAGUUUUCUAAUGAUUUUUUAUUUAAGUAUUUCCUUUCAAAUAAAACUGUUGACUAGA